ACAGAUGUCAAGUGGACAUCCAAAAUUGAAACUUAACCUUAAAACUUGAUCAAAAGAGGUAUUGAAAAGUUGUUUUAAUAUUCCUGAAAUAUGGCUCAAAAUACGAAAGAUACCGAUGAAACUGAUAUUCAGACUUUAGAUUCGAUCUUCAAAGAAGGUUUGGAGAAUUAUAAUUCGAUCAUAAGCAGUGAUCAACCCACAAACAGCAAUGAGUUGCAGACAAAAAUAAAGAAAACCAUGAAAACCUUUGAACAAGCAACUAGGCUUGUGUCUAUAUCCAGUAUAUUUAGCACAAAUGAAGGAAUUGAAGAAAUUAGCACCAAUGAUUUACAGUAUUUUCUGUUGCCAGCGUUUUUAGGAUCCCUUACUCUAAAAUUAACUUCAAAAGAAAGAAAAGAUAUAGUUGAUGUAGCUGAAAUUUACUUUAAAGAUUUUUUAAAAAGAUGUAAUGAUUAUGGAAUGGGCAGUAAUCAAUUCAAAGAUAAAAGUGAGGAGAAGGAGAAAAAAGAAAAAACAGAAUUUGAGAAAUUAGAAUAUUCUGUUAAUACUAGAGCAAAUAAAAUUCAGAGAUUUAAAGAACAAAAAGAACUAAAGUCCAAAUUAGAAGAUUUAAAGAAAAACAUGGAAAAUGAACAUGCCGAUGAAGAAAUAAAAAGAGAAUACUUUCUAACUAUGAUAAAACUGUUUAUGCAUGAAGCAAUAGACGAAUUAAACAGUAUUGAUAUGGAAAAACCGAUCUUAGAACACAUGGCUAAUAUGAAAAAUGAAGAAAAACCUCAACCCAAAAGACCCCCUCCUCCACUGAAGCCAAUUGUGAUAACAAAAGAUGACAUACAGAAAGCUGUUUUUGGAGCUGGUUAUCCAUCAUUGCCGAUAAUGACUGUGGAAGAAUUUUAUCACAAAAGAGUAGAGGACGGUAUUUUUCCUGAUCCAACUAAACCGAAGAAAGGUCCAACGACUUUACAACAAGCCGCCGCCGCCGGUUUAUCUUUAAAUCAAGAGGAGAAAGAAAAAGAAGAAACUGAAAAAUUAAUUGAAGAAGAUAGUGAUAAACAUAUCGCAAGAAUGAGGAGCAGAGAUGAAUUUAAAGAUGAACACAGAAGAGGUUGGGGUAACAGAAUGAAUCGAAGUUAAGAAAUGGUUAAUGAAGUAAAUACAUGUAUAUAUUUACUAAUAGUUUUUUCUAAAAUAUGUUUCAAAAUACAUACACAAUGGCUACAUUAAAAGUAUUUUACAAACUGAUGUACAACGUUAAUCAAUCGUUAUACAUGGUUUGAUGUCUUUAUGAUAGUAUUUAUAAGGAUUUUUGAUGAACUGGUAUUUCAAAUGCCUAUCGAAAAUUGACGCUACAUUGAUUUAGAAACUUUAGUAAUUUACUGUUUCUAUAGAUUGGUAUAUUUUAUGUUAUAUUCACAACAACCAAUCUAAAAAGUUUUGUUCAGUAACUAAUAUCAAUUACUGUUUUGUUACUAGCACCGCUUUUAAUUUUUGCCUUUAAAAGUAUUACACAAUAAAAGUUUCAAAAAAUAUUAUUAGAUAUCUAACAUAAAAUCCACUUGUAGUUUAUCUGAUACUUAAUUAUGUCUAAUUUGACUAUUAACACUGACUGAAAUAAAAAAAAUCAAAUAAUGCAACUAUUUUUCUCGAAUAUUUGUUGAUCAAUAUAAAACACUUUCAAGCACCUUUUCCAAUCCUCUAAAGUUAUUCUGAUACAUGCUUUUUGGUAUGAUAUUGAUCUUCACCUUUUCGAUGCUGAUGAUAUAUUUUUAUUGGAAUGAUUGAGCUUUAAUGACAUAACCAUAUUCAUUUAGGUAAUUUCAAUGAUCUCUAAAGUCUAUUAAUAAUUCCUAGUUGGAAUUAAAUCCAUGUUUUUAGUAGAUUUUUGUAUAUAAAAAAAAUUUCAACGUUUCAAACUAAACAUUUGGCAUUCAAAUGAUUUUGUAAGAAAAGGUUUACAUUCACCAUUUCCCAAGUGGGUAUCUUUCAACUUUCUAUCUAUGCAAGAUAAAACCCAUUUAACAAGCCUAUGAAACCGUUUGGGUGCUACAGCUUUUGGUCAUUGAAAAGACCUACAAAAUUUUUUUUUCAUUGCUUCAAGGUUUCAAUGUUGAGUUGCUGGUAUGUGGUCAUAAUUUGAUUGAAGCUUGUUUCCUGAUAUCAGAAAGAAAAUGAAAAAUUGAAUGUGUGCCCAGUUCCUGAAAUUGGAAACAAUUUAAUUGUUAUUUUUUGAAUGUGCUAUUCAUAUAAAAUAAUAUUGUAUAAUAGGUGAAUUCUGACCAUUAUGAAAAAUAUUGGAAUUUUGCAAGUUUAAGGAUUGAGUUGUGAUUUUUUUGUUUGUAUUUUUUUAUAACUAUUUAUUAAAAUGUCUAACUUUUGAUAGUUGGUUUACAUUUCAAAAUAUCCUAUUCCAUUGGGAGGACUAGACAUUUUAACUAAUUUCUAUUUAUACGGAGUGACCAGAAAUAUAAUGAACUGAAUUUAAAAAAUAUUGAUUAUAGUAGAGUAGAUCUCCAAACUACUUAUUUUUGUCCUGCUUAUUACUACAUGCAAUCAGUAUGUAUAGUCAAAUAUACAAUAUACAAUUUUCUUUGAUAAUUAUUUUCUGUGUUUGUAGGAACUACUAUAACUUAAUAUAUCUCACCCCUAUUUCAAUAGUACCAAGCUCAUAAAUGCUAAUUUUAUAGGAUAAGCCAAAAAAAAACGAUUUUAAGUGAGAUUUGUUUUGGAUCAGUUAAUUAGGUGUACCAAAUUCGGUGCACAUUCAGUUUGAAGAUAUCUUUACUGAUUAGUGAUGUAAAAUCUACAGACAACUUUAAACAAAAUUUUUUAGUGAUAUCACACUAAUGUUAAUGUUAAUUUUAUUUAGACUUGUUGAGUUAGAGCUUGGGGCGAAUAAAACGAAAUAUAUGACUUUAUUUGUAAUUUAACUUAAUAUAAUAUAAAAAAAUGUUUACAGUAAAAAUCACCUUACAAGGUUGCGUUUAAACUUAAGUAAAUUUCCGUUUAAUGAGAGGAAGAACAACAUAACAAUUUUCGACUUUGUAGAUUUCCAUUUAUGUCUCUGUCAAAGUUUUUGCCGAUCUCUAUAUUAAAAAAAUCAGUGUGAGUUAUGGCACCACAGCUUUGAUUUUUAUAACAUCUCCCGACGAAAUGAGAUGACAUACUGGCUUACAGUACUGUUGAUGGUUCAUACAGACGCGAGUAAUACACUUGGCGUUUCAUGCAGAAUCUGUUAGUACUAAUGAUAUGGUACUAUUAAAACCUGUAACAUCAUCUUAAGGUAUACAUUGGACGGAAAAUGACAAUUUUGAAUUUUUUUUGGAUAUGGCACUAUUGAAGUAGGAGUGCGAUAUAAAUAUACAUUUAAAAACGAUCCGUCAAGUCCAAUGGUUUUGUUAUUUUAAAACUUUGUGUUUGCUCAGUGUUCUCAAAUAGAUUCACUUCUAGCUCGUUCGGUGGUUUUAAAGUCUGAUGGAGUAGGCGUAAUACUUUAGACUGAAACCUCUAUAAUCUUUAGAUGAAAUUUGGCUGUCGUCCCUCAUAACUGGAUCCUAUAAGGUCCAUAUUGGCUUGAAGGCGAGUUUGUAAACUAGGAGUUUAUAUUGCAUACCUAGUCUUGUUAUAAUAUUUUCUCCAAUUUGUUUUAGUUUAUUCAUCGAAAAUUUUACUAAAAAGGUUUCAGAGACAUGUCUGUCGACUAUCGUUCAGGGAAUAAAAAGACAAUAGAAUGUAAGACUUGUCUAUAUUUUCAUUCAAUAAAUAAUAAAUACGAUCUAAUUACUGCUAGUAAUACUCGUUAAGAGCAACAAUAACAUAUUGCACAAUUAAAUAAAUAUUAACAAAAUAUUUUAAAUGAACAUUGUACGUUUCAGUUGAAUUUACACAUGAAGAAUACAUUUUUCAAACAAUAUUAUGAUUUUUUCGAAAUUUUUAAAUUGAUACUUCUUUUCCUUCUAAAAAGAAUAUUUAUGGCUUAAAUUUUAUAGGUUAUACAAAUAUUUUUGAGUUUUGAUAUACAGGGGAAUAAUAAUUACAUUAAAAAAAAAAUAAAUCACAGUCAAAAGUAUUCAUGUAUAUAUCUUUUACAUUUGCUAUAAAAAUAUUUAGGAAUGUUAAUAUAUACUCAUGGGAAUAAAAAUAAUAUUGUGCAUUGAAAACAAUUUGAAAAAUCUUUAUUUUAAUUAGAUUUUAUUUGUAAUAAAAUAAUAUAUUAUAAAAAUGAAAUUAACUAUUGGAAUGUGAUAAUAAACACACUGUUUACACUACCACUACACCAACAUUCAAAAUUAGACUGACCGAGGCGCGUUUUGAUAACCAAAUUAUUAUCUUCAGAAAAGAAGAAUAUAAAUUGGUUAUCGAAACGCGCCUCAGGCAGUGUAAUUGCGAGUGUUAGUGUAAACAGUGUGCUCAGUAUGAAUAUCACCAACGGUUCCAAACAUUCCAACUUAAUUGGAAUGUGAUGUUAAUGUAAAUUAUUGUUCAAAAUGAACUAACCCAUUUUCCCAUGAAUAAUUAUUUGUGACUUAUAACAAAAAUGCAGUAAUUUUUUCUCCAUAGUCUAUUCAAUACUGUUUACAAUAGACGUCAGACAGUGUUGGUGUAAACAGUAUGAAUAUCACCAACAGUUCCAGAAAUUCCAACUUAGUUAAAACGUUUUUAUACAUGAAGAGACCAUAAUGAUAUUUGCUACUACAUUUAGACCAGCAUUAAAGUAGAAAUAAAACUCAAUAGUCUAUUUAGAAACUAUGAAAAUAUACUUUACUUUGAAAUUUAUUACAAAUUGUGGUCAUUCUGGCAGAUAAUGGUAUUUUAUUUUCAUUUAAUUAAGUUAUGUAUAUUUUUUGACAUAUAUACACAACAUAAAAUUUUAAAUUUUGUAUGUGGCAACUCUGUGC